UGCUAGCUCAUGUUGCCUCUCACCCUUUAGUUUUCUUUAUCCAUAUCGUCCAUUCCCAGCCUCUUUUUAGUCCCCAUUCCCGCGUCCUACAUAGCAAAAAAACCUAUUCUAUCUCGGCCACUCUGCUACCGAUCUUCCGACUGUAAAAGAUACCAAUGAUCAUGUGAAACUGAUCUCUGCCAAUAUUAUUAUUAUUAUUUUUUUGCUCCAUUUCAGAGACUUGUGUCCGUAAUAUUUUGUGUCAAAAUACAGUUGAAACUUGGAGAUUUUAUGAUCCAUUUCUCAUCUGUUUUCUUGAGAGGAUUGCCCUGAGAGAAUUAGCAAUGGCAGGGUCGUUUAGAAAGUGCAGGAUGCUGUGUUGUUCAGGCAAGGUCUUAUCUCACAGGCGUCCAAACAAGACAGCCAAGAUCCCCAUUUAUAGAUAGAGGCUAGAGCCAUUCCUGCAUCUCUGGCUGGCCACACAAUUAUGAAGAAAGUAUUACGUCGUGGGAGUAGUAGUGAUCAUCAUCAUUUCUCCUUGAAAAGUGAGCUUCUCUGAUUACAGUCCCUAGCUAUAAUUCUCUUCCGAAACCCAGAAGUUAGAACCAGGCCAGGAGAAUCUCCACAAAGAUCCGUACGUACAGAUACUACUCGAUCCUUUUUCCUCUCCAUCUGCAAGUGCUCACGCUUUAUCCGUGCGUUUUGACUAGCGAAGACAUGGCUACGGAGUCGUACGAGGAGGCCAUUGCAGGACUCACGAAGCUUCUCAGUGCGAAAGCUGACCUUGGAGAUAUCGCCGCCGCAAAGAUCAAACAGAUAACGGCGGAGUUGGAGACGGCUGGUUCAAAUCAGUUUGAUCCAGUCGAGAGGAUCAAAACCGGCUUCGUCCACUUUAAGAAAGAAAAACUUGAGAAGAAUCCUGCUUUGUACGGUGAACUUGCCAAAGGCCAGAGUCCCAAGUUUUUGGUAUUUGCAUGCUCAGACUCUCGCGUUUGUCCCUCCCACAUUCUGAAUUUCCAACCGGGAGAGGCCUUUGUGGUUCGCAACAUAGCCAACAUGGUCCCGCCCUUUGACAAGAAUAAAUACUCAGGCGCAGGGGCGGCCAUUGAAUAUGCAGUGUUGCAUCUGAAGGUGGAAUUUAUUGUGGUCAUGGGACACAGCUGCUGUGGUGGUAUAAAGGGGCUCAUGUCUAUACCGGACGAUGGGACCACUGCGAGUGAAUUUAUCGAGCAUUGGGUCAAAAUCUGCUCCCCCGCAAAGACCAAGGUUAAGACCGAAUACAGUGAGUUAAGUUUCCAUGAGCAGUGCACCAAUUGUGAGAAGGAAGCUGUGAAUGUAUCACUGGGAAACUUACUGACAUAUCCGUUUGUGAGAGAAGGUGUGGUGAAUAAUACACUGGCUCUCAAGGGUGCACACUACGACUUUGUCAAAGGAGCUUUUCAACUCUGGGAUCUUCACUUCAAAAUUAUGCCCACCCUGUCUGCAUGAUCAUCUGGUUUAUUGUUUAUCUUCAUAUCCUUGUAUUUGCCCUAAAGAGCAUUCUAUACAGAUAAAUGCUAUUCUUCAUCUUAUAUUUAGUCAUCCCCAAUCACACUUACUAUCAUAUUUUAAGUGGUUAAUAUUUAAAUGGUUAAAUCACUUAAAAUAUGACUUGUAAAUAAAUGUGAUUAAGGAUGAUGAAAUUUAAAAUGAAAAGUAGUCUUGCUCUUUAGUAUAUGUUAAUGAGACUUGCAAAAUAACACAUUAAGUGAAGUGUUUAAGUUUACAUAAAAAAUAA